UACCAUGAAUGCAUCACCGGAAGAUGGGCGUGUUCCUCUUCAGCAACAUGUCGGCGUAGGACUUCUUAUUAAACUUUACAGUGAAUAUUUACUACAUUUAGACGUCUAGUGGUUAUCAGCUGGAGGAACAUGGUGUGUGAGCGCAGCGCAGACUUAGUUAAACCUGCUCACUAUGGUUUAUUCACUCAGUGUCUGGUUUUAGUGUUGAUCAGCCUGAACUUCCCGGUUUGUGACUGUGAAGACAUCAGUCCAGAGACAUGUCUGAUCUGGGGUCCAGGUCUGAACCCGGACUCAGUCGUACCGGUCCGUUACUUCUUUAUCCAGGCGGUCAACUCAGCCGGAGACAACCUGACUUUAUCUCCAGGUCAAGACACAUUUAAAGUGAGGAUCAGUCCGCUGGACAAGAUGGAGCACAUCCGUAUCCACGUCCCUCCACCUCUGGACAGAGGAGACGGGUCCUUCAUCAUCCGGUACCGGCUCUACGGCUCUGUGGUGAAGGGCCUGAAGGUUGAAGUCCUCCACCAAGAGGCUUCUGUUGCCAAGUCCCCCUACACCAUCCAAGGUCCAGUGUAUCAUGAAUACUGCGACUGCCCAGAGCCCGAUGCCUCCGUGUGGCAGAGCGUCAUGCGGUGUCCCGCCGAGGAACCCCAAAUUCUGUCUGACUUCGAAGCUUUUCCGAUGGUCGACCUGCAGCGUCUCAGACAGGAAGCACCUCACAGAUUCAUCAACAGAGGAGGUCUCAUUCACUACGCCAUCAUCGACAACCAGCUGUACCGCCGCACUCUGGGAAAAUAUACCGACUUCAAGAUGUUCUCUGAUGAAAUGCUGCUCUCUCUGACCAGAAAGGUGAGGGUGCCCGACGUGGAGUUUUACAUCAAUGUUGGUGACUGGCCGUUAGAGACGAGGAGGACGGAUCCUGUUCCGGUGUUGUCGUGGUGUGGCUCUCUAGACACGCGGGACAUUGUCCUCCCCACCUACGAGGUUACACACUCCACCCUGGAGACCAUGAGAGGUGUCACCAAUGACCUGCUGUCUAUCCAGGGAAACACCGGGCCUCCAUGGAUUAAUAAAACCGAUCGGGCGUUUUUCCGUGGCCGGGACAGUCGAGAGGAGCGUCUUCACCUGGUCUCUCUGUCCAAGAAAAACCCUGAGCUGCUGGAUGCAGGCAUCACAGGAUGGUUCUUCUUCAGAGACCGGGAGAAACAUGUCGGCAAAGUACCGCUUGUUGGAUUCUUCGACUUCUUCAAGUACAAGUACCAGGUGAACGUGGACGGAACAGUGGCAGCGUAUCGGUUUCCUUACUUGAUGCUCGGGAACAGUCUGGUUCUGAAGCAGGACUCGCAGUAUUAUGAAUAUUUCUACAGCCGUCUGAAAGCAGGCACUCAUUAUGUUCCCGUGAAGAGAAACCUGUCGGACCUUUUGGAGAAAGUCCAAUGGGCCAGAGAGAACGACGUCGAAGCACAGGAAAUCGCCAGGGCGGGUCAGACGGCGGUCCGAGAGCUGCUGCAGCCCAGCAGACUGUACUGUUACUACUACAGAGUGAUGCACAUGUACUCGGAGCGGCAGACGGGACAGCCGACGCGGCACGCUGACAUGGAACUGGUGACUCAGCUGGAUGACCACACUGCUGCGUGUACAUGUGAGCGUAAAAUCCACAAAGAAGAAACCGAUAUGAAGGAUGAACUAUGAUGGAGUCGGUCUUUAGUCUUUAAUUAACUGUAACUUUUUCUCUGAAACAUUCCUGGCAUAUAAAGAGUAAAGGGAACUGAAUGUUCCUGAUCCUCACAUGAAAAUGUGAAUUUCACAUUUUUUACAAUUAAGUAUUACUAUUAUAAUUUGUGUUUUGAUAAAGGAGGUUGUGCUUCAACAGUUGGAUACAUGGGGGAGUGCAGGACCCAAAUAAGUUGUGCUUUUAUUUUGGAUGGUAAGUGAAGUUUUAAGAAUGAUUUAAAGGUCCAAUGUGUAGGAUUUAGGAGGAGCUAUAGACAAAUCUGAUGAAAUACCGGAAGAAACCAAGUCGCCAUUACUGCUGUGGCAUCUCCCUACAAUACGUGUUUGAAUGUGAGCUGUCAGCUAAGUUACCGCUGCUUAGCUAAAGUAGCUAACGUCAGUGGGCUAAAGACACUGUCUAGGAGCUGCGGUGGUCCCACAGAAUAAAUGAACUCAAUCAACAAACUGUGGCAUUAUUGUGAAAUAUAACGUUAGUUGCUCUAACUAUGGCAACCUAAGAAACACAAAGUAAACAUCAUUAACUGGUCGGCAUCACAAACACAACUAACCGCGUUAACCGGUGACUCUCAGCCGAAUGCGUUGUGGUUGCUCGUAGUGACGGCAGCUGUGUCCUCGUAAAAGCCUUCAAUUUGACUUUAAAGGCAGGGUGGGCGAUCUUGAGAAACUAGCAAGAGUACACUAGAUUUUUAAAAAUGAUCCAACUUGAAAUCCCAGCUCAGUGUUGCCAACUCGUUUCCAAUAAAAGUAGCUAGCAGCGUCAGCUCCAAUAGUCCCGAAAUCUAGAGAGAAAGUCUCCAAGUCAUCAACACUGACAGUCCAUCCCUUCAGACCUCCCUCCAAAGCCACGCCCAAAACCCCAGAAAGAGGGCCGGUCGUCGAUCCCGACUUUUAUGGUGGCCAAACGGCGGCACUGCAUCUUCCGUGUCUGUCACGUGAUGCAUCGGGCCCAAAAAGACUUUUUCCCACAGACUUACAUUGGGAAAGAGACAGGUAGAUAGACAGGGAGGUAGCCCGUCCAAUCACAAAAUCAUGAAAUC